AUGCUGCGGCGGGCUGUUGUUGCCCUUCGACGGGACGCGCUUAACGGCGGCAGCUCGAUGACUCUGGGCUCAAAGGGAAUGAAGCUUUCCCCGGAUCCUCACCGCAGGCGCAUGCCGUGGACGGCCGCAAAGGAGUAUGUUCCCGGUGUUGUUCUUAACGCCAAGGAAAAGAUGGUGUUGGAUGGCGUAAAACUGGUGGAUGUGGAGUGCGUUGACCGUGCAUCGCAGGUGGAUCCGCUGGAGGCAUUGCGGGCGACCGUGGCCACGUACGAGUACAAUACAUCCACCGGAAAGAACAUUUUCCAAUUGGCCUCUCAGGUGGAAUUUGAUGGCCGCGGGCAGCGGUUUUACCGCAAGGAGUGGCAGGAGGGGACGUACGACAAGUAUGUCACCCUUUCCGCCAUUGAUUUUAAUCGCGAUGGAAAUAAGGGAACUGCUUACGGUUACGUGACGUUUCACGGCGAAACCACGACAAGACCGGUGCAAAUAGACUUUGCGGAUGUUCCGGGGUGGCACAUGGAGUUUCGGGUGGAACGCGCUGUUCCUUUUAACGCGAUCGUUCCCCCACCCCCAAGUAUCGGUACAGACGUCCCUGUCGAUCCGCGUUCCUAUCGCCUGAGGGCAUAUCCGUUUUACGAUGCGCCAAAUCCCCCAGAGUUCGUGGAACGUCUGUUGAAGGACCGUGGGGUGAUUCCGGACUCUCCGGUAGAGACGACGGAACUCCCCAACGAGUCGGAGGGAAGCGAUGACACAACGCGCCGCAAAAAUUAA